GCAAGCGUUGUAAAACAAUUUUUAUUUUCAAAAUAAAUAGAUAGGUUGUAAAUGAAAUAAGAAAAUAAUUAAUAAACGUUUUUUGCGGAAAUAAUAGUGUUAACUUUCAAUUACACAAAACUAGUCUUAAACUUGAAUCAAGCAUACAUACAUACCUAGAUUUUCAUAAAAAUAACUAAAUAUGUAUGCACGCAUUAAAAAACUGAAGCAUCUUAUCUUUUAAAUAAAUUAAUAUGUAUGUAUGUGUGUGUCUAUAGUAAGCAAAUUUCUAACAAAUAGAAAGCUCGAUUGAGAACUUAUAAAUAGUAAGGAAUCGCCAUUCGUUGUGUAAAUAACGUGUUGUCUGGAAAAUGGCAAAUGUUUUCUUUGGGCAAAUAAUACAUACUAAGUCUUUCAAUGAGUUUGAGAUUUUUACAAAUGGAUUUAUUGCUGUUGAUCAGAAAGGCAAAAUCGUUGGCGUGGGAAAUGAGUCCGUCUUUGAUGAGUGGGUAACGCAGCAUACAAAUUUUAAAGCAGUUGCUGUAGAACGUCUUACCAAAAAUCAAUUUUUGAUACCUGGUUUUAUUGAUUGUCACAUUCACGCACCGCAAGUAGCUCAAAUCGGACUUGGUCUAGAUAUGCCUCUUUUGGAUUGGUUGAAUACCUAUACUUUUCCGUUGGAAGCAAAAUACGCUGACCAGAAGUUCGCGGAGGAAACCUACGCAAAAGUUGUGGAGAAUACAAUAAGAGCGGGUACCACACUAGCAUCCUAUUUCGGUACCAAUCACAAAGAAAGUACUUUAAUACUAGCGAAAGAAGUUUUGCGCCAAGGUCAGCGGGCGUUGAUUGGAAAAGUUUGUUCAAAUCAGAAUAGCCCUGAUUUUUAUGUUGAAACCACGGAAAUGACUGCAGCUGGUACAGAGGAAUUCGUAAAAGAAAUACAAAAAUUGGAAACUGAUUUGGUCAAACCCACCAUUACACCAAGAUUUGCUUUGAGCUGUUCUAAAGAGUUAAUGAACAAACUCGGAGAAAUCGCGCACAAAAAUGAUUUGCAUAUACAGAGUCAUAUUAGCGAAAGCCUGUCGGAAAUUGAUUUUGUGAAGUCUCUCUAUAAUACCAGUUAUGCCGAGGCGUAUGAUAAUGCUGGUUUGCUAACACCUAAAACCGUUAUGGCACACGCUGUCCAUUUGGAAGAUGAGGAAAUAACGCUAUUUGGUAAACGCGGUACUUCGGUCGCCCAUUGCCCCGCUUCUAAUACGAUGUUAAGUUCAGGCUUCUGUGAUGUACUGCGCCUGAUUAAAAACGGAAUUAAAGUCGGUUUGGGUACAGACGUUUCUGGUGGAAACUCAAUGUCAAUACAAGAUGCUAUUCUUCGUGCACUUGAUGUUUCCCAUCAUUUGGAAUUUGUGAAAAAACAGGAUAUUAAGGGAAGCGGACGCCUGGUGACUCAAGAUCACACAUAUCAGCCUCUUAAUUACAAGCAAGCAAUAUUUCUAGCAACACUUGGUGGAGCUGAGGCAUUAGCUAUGGGUGAUAUCACGGGCAAUUUUGUUGUAGGAAAAUACUUUGAUGCAUUGAUUGUUGAUACGAGCAAGUAUCCGUUACACAAUUACCAACCGAGUGACAGCAAAGCUGCAGAUUUGAAUUUGUUGGAAAUGGUUCAAAAAUUCAUUUACGUUGGAGAUGACCGAAAUAUUUCACGAGUCUAUGUAUCUGGCAAUCAAAUAAAAAAGUAAUACUUAAUUUAAAUUAAUAAAUAAUUAAUUAAUACUUUGUUAAA